UCUUCCUCCUCCUUCCUUCUUGUACGUCCGUCCGUGCGUGCGUGUGUUUGAGAGCGAGCGAGCGAGAGAAAGAGAGAUGGCGGAAGAGGGGCAGGUGAUCAGCUGCCACAGCGCCGAGUCGUGGAGCGAGCAAAUCAGCAAGAGCAACGAACCCGACAAGCUGGUGGUUGUCGAUUUCACUGCUUCAUGGUGCGGACCAUGCCGUUUCAUCGCACCAUUCCUGGCAGAGCUGGCAAAGAAAUUUCCUAAUGUUCUAUUUCUGAAAGUCGAUGUGGAUGAACUGAAGACGGUCGCUCAAGAGUGGGCCGUGGAGGCAAUGCCGACUUUCAUGUUUGUGAAGGGAGGAAAGAUUGUUGACAAGGUGGUAGGAGCCCAGAAAGAUCAGCUGCAGAUGACUUUAGCUAAGCACAUGGCAACUGCUUCCGCUUAAUCAUCAUGUGCUACAUACAAUCUCUCUUUUUCUUUAUUUUAAGGAGUUACAUACAAUGUCCCUUUGAUGUAAUGAGAUUGCUUUGAAUCUGGUUCUCCCUA